AUGCUUAUCUCGUCCUUGUCCGAGGAAACCCUCCGUUUCACCGUCGGCCGUGGCACUUCCCGGCAGCUUUGGCAGGUUAUCGAGCAAACCCUCGACUCGUCGACUCGGUCUCGAGCUUUACGGCUGCUCGGUGAACUGCAAGGGUUACGUCAAGGUGAUUCUUCCAUCUGGGACUACCUUGGCCGUGCACAGAUGUUGAUUGAUGAGUUAGCCCUUGCUGGUCGUCAGGUCGAGUUAGACGAUCAAAACUUAUACGUUUUUCGUGGCCUACGACCUGAGUUUCGUCCGUUGGUGGCGACAUUGGCUCGGGGUGCACCUGUUCCGCUAACGGAGGUAGCGGACUUUUUAGUGUCACAGGAAUGGAUCUGCUCCGACGAUGGUGUCCCUCUUGGUGCACCGGCCGCAAUGGCAGUCAGCCAUGGUGGUCACGGCGGCCGUGGUGGUGGUUCGCAACCACGAGGUAGUGGAGGUCGCGGCAGGCGAUUUACGCCUUCCUCGGAUCCUCAGGCCUAUGUGGUGGUUUCUGGUGGCGAUGAUACUCUGGAUGACCCUCAUCAGUGGUUCCCUGACACUGGUGCGACGAAUCAUGCCACUCCUGACUCUUCCUUACUGACGUCUGCGACAGGUUAUGAUGGUUCGGAGAUGCUCCGAGUCGGCAGUGGUACAUGUUUGCCCAUUGUUAAUGUUGGUUCCACUUCGUUAGCUACUGAUUCUAGGUCUUUUAGGAUGAGUGAUGUCUUGCAUGUUCCUGGUUUAUCUGCCUCGUUAUUGUCUGUUCAGCGUUUUGCUAAAGAUAAUAAUGUUUUCUUUGAGUUUCACCCUUCGUGUUUCUUUAUGAAGGAUAUUUUAACUAGGAAAGUUCUAUUUAAGGGGUAG